AUGCCAAACAGCGCUGUCAGCACCAAGGGAAUCAUGUCCAAGAGAGCAGGUAAGAAACCAUCCACACCUGAGUCUCUACGGGGGCCUCAUAAGAAGCUGCCGCCUCCAUAUGAGCCAAAUAUCCCUGAACCCACCAUCAGGGCUGACUUCAUGAAAUAUUGGCUCCCGCUCUCUCUAGAUGAUAAAACUGCACAGAAGUUAUUGUGGAUUUCAGAGGCCGGGUCCAAAGUGGCCCGCACGUCCGAUGCCGUCUGCCCGUAUCCCAACAGGCCUGAGAGAUAUGAACACUCCCCACAGGUGCUGUGCAAGGAGGGUCUGAUGGGCUAUCGAGGGUACUGGGAGGUGGACUACGACGGCUGGGUGGUGAUCGGGGUGGUCUUAGAGGGCGCUCCACGCAAGGGCCAUGACGCCCGAGGUCCAUGCGGCCUCGGGGAGAACAACAGCUCCUGGGGGGCCGGCUGGUCUGGCUCCUGCUACCAGGUCUGGCACAACAGCGAGAACAUGGACGUCGACCUCCCCGUGUCUUCCAGUAUGGGCAUCUACGUGGACCAGCCCGCUGGCAUCAUCAAGCUCCUCGCGGUGGAGGGCAACGCCGAGAAGGAGGUGCGGCUGAUCCACAAGUUCAAGGCCAACAUUCAGGAGAAGAUUUUUCCCGCGUUUUGGGUUGGCACAAAUUCGUUCUGCUUUCUUCGGAAAAAGGAUCAGUGA